GCUGUUGCUCUGACAACGGUUUUAACUUCCGCACCGUUUUAUGUUGAAAAACACCCAACCGGGACUCUCCGGUGUUAUUUCCGUUAGCUUAACUUAACUGUUAGCGAGCAGCAGUCGGAGAGGAACGGCAUCUACUAAAAAAAAAGCGACUUGGAAAAACUACUUAUCGAGCUCCUAGUCUCGGCCUUGAGGGGGCACCAGCAUGAGUCAGGAGUCGCUGGAGUCUGACAGAGACUCUGCUCAGGAUGCGUCUGACUUUAACUGGGACGACUACCUGGAGGAGACGGGUGCCGCGUCCGUGCCCCAUCACGCCUUCAAGCAUGUGGACCAGGGCCUGCAGACAGGACUGACUCCAGGCAUGAAGCUGGAGGUGUGUGUGCGCUCAGAGGCUGACAGCCCCUACUGGGUGGCCAACAUCAUCACCACAUGUGGCCAGCUGCUGCUGCUGCGCUACGAGGGCUUCCAGGAUGACCGGCGUGCCGACUUCUGGUGCGACUUAAUGACGGCGGACCUCCACCCGCUGGGCUGGAGCCGCCAGCACGGGAAGACAAUGAAGGCCCCCGAGGGUGUGCGUGAGAAGCACCAGGACUGGGAGGCUGUGCUGGAAAAGGCCCUGGCUGAGGAGUGCAGCGCGCCUGCCAACCUGCUGGAAUUGCCCCAGCGUGGUAGAGACCCGGUGGAGCUCCUGUGUGCCGGCUGCUACGUGGAGCUCCAGGACGGCGCUGACCCGGGGCUCGCCUGGGCCGCCAAGGUGGAGGAGAACGUCGGAGGAAGGCUGAAGCUGCGUCUGUUAGGCACCGAGGGCCUCCCAGACACGCCCGCAACCCUCUGGCUCUUUUACCUCCACCCACGCCUCCACCCACCAGGCUGGGCUAAAGAGCACGGCUGCACCCUCAGGCCUCCCUCAGACCUGUUGGCCCUGCGGACAGAGGCAGAGUGGGAGGAGGUGAGGCAGAGGAUCAGUGACCUUCCUCAGGAUGAAGCUCUGACUGCAGAGUUCAAUAAGGAUCAGCCCGCCAUCGCUGCUCAUUGUUUCAAGGAGGGAAUGAAACUGGAGGCUGUUGACCCUGCUGCUCCUAUUUCAAUCAGGCCUGCCACUGUCACCAAGGUGUUCAAUGAGCAGUACUUCCUUGUGAAGAUGGACGACCUUUGUGGUAUCGAGGAAUCAGAGGGUGCUUGGAGGUCCUUCCUGUGUCACAGAGACAGUCCAGGGAUCUUCCCGACUCAGUGGAGCCUCAAAAAUGGACUCACUCUCAGCCCCCCACCAGGAUACCAGGGUCCGGACUUUGACUGGGCAGAUUACCUGAAACAAUGCGAGGCUGAGGCAGCUCCUCAACAUUGCUUCCCAACUGAGCUGUGUGACCACAGCUUCAAAGAGGCCAUGAAACUGGAGGCCAUCAACCUGCUGUCACCUGAGAACAUUCACGUGGCGACUGUCACCAAGGUCAAAGGUCAAUACCUUUGGCUCAACCUGGAAGGACUGAAGCAGCCCAUGCCAGAGCUGAUCGUCCAUGUGGACUCCCUCGACAUCUUCCCCGUCAGCUGGUGUGAGACAAACGGCUAUCCGCUCGUCUACCCAAUCAAACCCUCAGUUGAAAAAGAGAGGAAGAUUGCUGUGGUGCAGCCAGAGAAACACCGACUUCCACCGAAGUCAUCGUCACCUGACGCUGUCAAGCAGCAGAUGGCCUACCAUUCAGAGACAGGACAGGGAAACGGGAAAUACUGCAGUCCCAAGAUUUACUUCAACCAUCGCUGUUUCUCUGGGCCUUACCUUAACAAGGGACGCAUCGCAGAGCUUCCUCAGUUCAUUGGUCCUGGAAACUGUGUCCUUGUGCUCAAAGAGGUUUUGAGUCUGCUGAUAAACUCGGCGUACAAGCCCAGCCGUGUGCUGAGAGAGCUGCAGCUGGACCAGGAGAGCCGCUGGCAGGGCCACGGAGAGACGCUCAAAGCCAAGUACAAGGGAAAGAGUUACCGGGCCACUGUGGAAAUAGUCCGCACUGCAGACCGCGUGGCAGACUUCUGCAGGAAAACCUGCAUCAAGCUAGAGUGCUGCCCGAACCUGUUUGGACCUCGCAUGGUUCUAGAGCGCUGCUCGGAGAACUGCUCUGUCCUCACCAAGACCAAAUACACAUAUUACUAUGGAAAGAAGAAGAGUAAACGCGUUGGCCGUCCACCCGGGGGCCACUCCAACCUGGAGGGUGGAGUGAAGAGAAGAGGGAGGAGGAGGAAGAGGAGGAAGCAGCUUUUUGUACAUAAGAAGAGACGCUCCUCAGCCUCAGUGGACAACACGCCUGCUGGGUCUCCACAGGGCAGUGGAGAGGAAGAAGAUCUCGAUGAAGAUGACUCCCUGAGUGACUCUGGCUCUGAGCUGCAGGACGACCUCCAGGAUGAUUCUGAACAGUCGAUUGGGAAGUCUCAGCCCACCACGCCGUCGCCCUCCCCACCAGCGACACCCAGGCCCACACGCCGGCGCCGGAAACCCCGCUCGCCCUCAUUCUCUGACGAUGAGAACCGACCUCCUUCACCAAAGACCUCAAAGAUCGAGCCUCCUCAGAAGUUGUGUUUGGACACCAGCCCCCUGGAGUGGAGCAUUACUGAUGUGGUUCGCUUCAUCAGGACCACCGACUGUGCGCCUCUUGCACGGAUUUUCUUGGAUCAGGAGAUUGACGGACAGGCGCUGCUGCUGCUGAACCUGCCCACAGUGCAGGAGUGUAUGGACCUGAAGCUGGGACCGGCCAUCAAGCUGUGCCAUCACAUUGAGAGGGUGAAGCUGGCAUUUUAUCAGCAGUUUGCUACGUAGCUGACGGGGAGUGAACAGUAAACACGGAUGUGACUACAUACUGUUCUGUGUGUUGAUUCUGUGAAAAACACUGUAUUUUCCAAUUUUGACAUUUCCAACACUGGACAUCCUUUUAGAAUCCUGCAUAAACCACAUUGUGUCAGAAAAGCAUGGACAUGAGGUGGACGAAGAUACAGCUUCUGAUCAUUGAAAAAAGAACAAAGAAGAAGAGCUAAGGUGCUCUUUAGGAAAGACACAGGGGAGGACUGAAAGACGGAAGACUUCAAGACACUUUGAUGUCAUAAAUAAGAGUAAAAGCCUUUAUUAAUCCCAGCAUGUUUGGCAAAAAAAACAAAACAAAAAAGCAAGCCAUCAUCAAAGACUCACUUCCAAGUUUCUAGCUAUGAUAUAAUAAAGGCUUCUUAACUUAUUUGUGUCUUCAGAGUGUCUCGGAUUCUCCUCUUUUAUUCCCUCUUUCUUUAUGAGGAUGACUGAGUGCCAGUGCUACAACUCCAUUCAGGAUUUCCAGCCCGCCCUGCUGUCUCUGAAAGAGAAAACCACUGAAUCACAGCUUUUACUUGUCCUACUCAGCCCUAGAAUAUUUGGUAUCCACUGGUCAACAUUUGCUAUUGUCUAAUCUGGUGAUUUCACACUGACGUCUAAUUUCAUUGAAAAGAUGCUCAACAUUUUUGGUGCAGAUGAGGCUAAACACAGUAUAUGACAGCCCACUUACAUUGAAGCACUUAAACACAAACAUUGUUUUGAACAAAAUGCAUUUCACAGCAAGAGCUCCAAGCUGAGACUCACUUAUAUUCAUUUGGCCCAUAAAUUAACACAAAAAUAGCUAACUAAAACGACAAGUUGCAUAGAAUAAAUACGGUUUGAAAGUUAAUUGAAAGCCAUAGGUAAUAUUAAACUAGAUAUACUGUUAAUAGAAUUGAAAUAACAGUCAUGAUAAGGAAUUAGAUUUUAGUGCAAACACCAGACAUUUAUACUCUACUAACACUAUUUGCAAAUGUUAUCCAGCUGAAUUACAGAUGUAAAUGGGGCCUUCAUCUCAAGAGAUCAAAUUGCUUUCUUGUUCAAGCUUCUACCAUAUGUAAGAGCAGUUUACAUUGUAAAGACUCUGUAAUGCAAGCACAAGCAAAACCAUAUACUGUAUGGUGGUUAUGCAAAUAUGAUGAUAGAUUUCCAUGAUGUGCAUGUUUGUAUAUAAUGUAUAUAAUCAAAUAUCUUCUAGCGCAACAGGGUGAUUCGAAAGAAAAAAAACUAGACUAUUGAGCAAUUAACUUUCUGAAUAAGCAAUGUGUAAAUCCCCUAAAUAUACUGUAUAAUUGCACAGAGUACGCCUAAACUUUCUCAUAAUGGGGUGUAUGGUUAAAACUAAUACAGCUACAGUUGAUUAUUUGAGCCAUUUCAUACUAAAUAAUUAUUAUUUUAACAAUUACCUUUAUGAUGGGCAGUUUUAAAGCAAGAAGAUAUUCUCAAAAUGCUUUUGUAAAUCAUUUUUUUCCCCUUUUUACCUGUUCUUGUAGUGUGAUUUACUGUAAUGUGCUUCAUUUUGUGUGAGGAAAAACCUCGGUAGGUGUUUUGUUUACUAAUUUCCUUGUAGUUUACUGUACUCAAAGCAAUGGAGCAGUUUUUUCAUUCAUAUUUGAAGAUUAUAACUGCGCUAUUUAAAGAGAAGGUUGUAAUUAAAAACAGUGCAACAACUAA